AGCCAUUUGUAUUAGCAAACUAUGCAACUUCAUUUCAUGCUGUGGUCUACCACCCAAUGGAAUCAAGGUUCCUGGCAACGGCUAAUUGUAAAGAAGGGUUGGCAUUAUGGGAUGUGCGGAAACCAAGAUCUUCAUUGUUAAGGUAUAGUGGCGUAUCGCAACAGAGUGCCAUGAGCGUUUGCUUCGACCAACUUGGAAGACGAUUGCUGGGGUUACGACGGCGAUUACCACCAGUACUCUACGAUCUCCAUAAUGCUGUUCCUACUUACCAGUUCGACCACUCAGGCUACUACAAUUCCUGUACCAUGAAGACUGGCUGCUUUGCAGGGGAUAAGCAUCAGUAUGUUGUGUCAGGCUCUGAUGAUUUUAACUUGUAUGUGUGGCAAGUACCGGAAGGUCCUGUUGAAGAGGGCUGGGUUGGUGAGGCACAUAUGGUCUUGCAGGGUCAUCGCUCGAUUGUUAAUCAGGUUUGUUUCAAUCGUCACACACACAUGAUCGCUUCAUCAGGUGUGGAGAAAGUUAUAAAGUUAUGGAGUCCAUUUGCUUUACCUGAUAGUCGAGGUAAUGUACGUGGGGACCAAGAUUUAUGGGAGGUUGACCGACCUAUGUACAAUCGUGGAGAAUAUCUGAACCUGAUGAUGAACAGCAGUUCAGCUCUGUCGUAUGAUUACAGUAACCAAUCAAUGGAAGAGGAUCCUCGCAUGAUUGCAUUCUUUGAUUCAUUAGUUCAACGUGAAGUUGAUGGCGGCUUUAGUGACUCCUCUGACAGUUAUGUCAGUACUGAUCAGAUGUUACUGUCAGUCACAGACUUCCAAUUGAUUGAUGUUGACAAUCAAUCAGACUCUGAUAGCUUAUCACCGGACACAACUAUCAUUUUACAACUUGAACGACAACAACAAGAAUCAACUGAUGGCAACACAGAAAGACAACAACCAAAGGUUGGUGCUUCUGGCGAAUCUCAGGAACCUAGCACAAUUGACUCUUUAACAGCAUCUGGUUCCAAUCACGGUACAAAAAGAGCUGCUGCAGACUCUUCCAGCAGCGAUAGUGAUCUGACAGACACAGAUGAAGAAGGGAGGCGUUUGUUUGAACGCUAUUGCGCAAAACAGCGAGAACUUUAUCGCAAAAAUAGACGGCGCAAAAGAAUGAAACAAACAAAUCAGCAAAUUGAUAGUAACAAAUUAGUAAGUCUUCGUCAAAGACUUGCAUGCAAGAAAGCUCUUAAACAUAAGAUGCAUAAGAAAUCAACAAAGACUUCAUCCGUUAAGAUUGUAAUUGGAAGUGCUUCAAGCGAUGAAGAAGAAGAAACUGUCACAAAAAAUACAUUACCACUGGUACAAAAUGCUCCAACAGCUCAUCAAGAUUCUGUGCGCUCUCUACGGAGACGGAUAGCUUUUGUAAGGAACCAAGAUGACCUUGAUGGUCAAAAAACUGAAACUAGAGAUCAUAAUGUCAGUGCUGGAAAUGAAGGACAUAGUUCAUCAGGUACUGCGGGAAAACAGCAGACUAUAAGUGGUGUCAGUGCUGGGUCUGAUAGUGAAGACCAGCCGUCAUGUAGCUGGGAUGUAUCGCAUCAUGAAAGAGAAAAAGCGCAGAAUUUACAAGCUCAACUCUCUUUUGAAAAUGAAAAUAAAGACAGUGAUAACAAUGAUGAAAGUCAAGGAUUUAAACGGAAGCAAAAAAAAAGUAAAAGACAGUAUCGCUCAAACAAACGCGAUUAAUGAGAACUAAUGAAUGUUUUUAAAAUAUUUAUUUUAUUUUGUCACAUACUUGCAUUAAUGGUGCAUUUUUUUUUUAUUUCAAAAAUAUCAAAGAAAAAUCAUUGUAUGGCAGACGAAGCUAAACUGCAGAAAUAAUUUACUGUACACCGUACUAACUGUACUUGACUGAAUGCCUAAUAAAAAGUGAAACCUCCUGUUAUUGAGCAAUGCUAUCAACCGGUCAAUACGGUUGAGUUUCUUCACACAGUAUCUCCAUAGCUAUACUAUUGCCUGUGCAGUCAGGAAUCCAAUGUUUAUUUGCUUACUUAAAUUUUACAAGAUUCCAAGAGGAUAGCACUUACAGAAUUGUUAUAAUUUUAAUUUUAAAGGCAUUAUUUUACAAGCGACAGAUAUUAGACAUUCAAUAUUCUGUAGAACAGUUGCAUAUUGUGCGCCAAACUGGUUGCAAUGGACAAUCACUGGAUGUUCUUGAACAUUGUGAUUAUUUUAUUUAAUAAUACAGUAGUUCCAUGCUUUAACAAACUUAAUAAAUAUUAAUAUGAAAUAUAUCAUCUCAGAAUGUUUUUUAUAUAUAUUUUCGCGUCUUCAUACAAGUGUUAAAUGGUGUAGUUGGGGUACCAAUGUACAAAGUAGACUGGCCACUUCAAGUAGUGCAUGUAUAUCUGUACUUCCCAAAACUUUGUUGAAUUUAUCAGAAGCUCUUCAUCUGUGAGACAUCAACAAUACAACUUGUACAAUAAUUUAAAAUUAACCAAUCAAUCUGAAUUCAGAUGAGUUUAUUCACGAGAACAUUAUUUAUGUGUACAGUGGAUAAAAAUCCUAAUAUCUAUUAAUAUAACAAAUGUAUAUUUAAUGGUUACUAAAUUAGGCCAGAAAAAAAUGUUUUUGUUUUUUGACAAAAUAUUUUUUUUGUUACUGAAGCAUUAGCUCAAAAAAAUAGUAUUAACAAGACGUUUUUAGAUUGGAUUGAAUACAUACUACUACUAAUUGUUCUCUAGAUGAUCAAAACCAAAAAUCAUAAUGGCCACUGUGAUAAAAGUACUGUACUGUAAAUGUUUCAAAACAUUCCAAUGUAUGAAUUAG